AUGUCAGAGUUCAAAAUCCCAAGUAUCCCAAAAUUAAGCAUUCCAUCUCUAUCAUUCACAGUAGACGACGUUUCUCCUCGAUCAGAAGAUUUCCGAGAGUGUCCAUUAAUUAACUACCCUAUCUCCUUUCAAGCUCCUAUCUCUAAAGAAGCUCCCAAUAAAACCACUGCAAAUUUUCCUCUCACAAGCAAUUUCAGCAAAGAUAUAAAAAAUCCUCUAUUAAGCACCGAAAAUGCAUUUUUGCAGCUUAUUAACUUCCCCUUCCAUGAAAAACCAUUAGAAUAAUCCUUAUAUUUUUAGGUAAAAACCCCCCCUACGUGAGGAACAAAAAUUUUUUUAAUAUAAAAAUGUUUUAUAAAAAAAUAUUUUGAUAUAUAAGUGAUAGUUAUUAUAAUCAAAUUUCCGCUAAUUCUGCUUAAUUUUAAACAGCUUGCAUUUUAAAAUAUAAAUUUUGCAAAUUAAAUUAUUUUUUACUUCUCAAUGGAAUUUUUUUUAAAAAAAUUAACUAUAAAAUUUAUAUAUAAAUUUUUUAAAAAAUAUUAUUUAACCCGACCAAAUUGUUUUGUUCGCUCACGGAGGGGAGGAGUAAGCACCAAUCUGCUGAAAUAGACAGCUUGCAUGCUGAAAACAAUGAAUUGAAAUCUAAACUUAGCGAAGCAGAAGCAGAAUUAAAAUCCCUUAGAAGGAUAAAGGUUUUAAUGCGAGAGCAAGAGCGAAAAAUCUCGAAUCUACAAACCUCUCUUGAUUUAGCUACAGAAGAAUGCAAUGACUUGAAGAUGCAACUGUCUCAAGCCCAUGAAGAGCAAAUAGAAUGAGAAAAUAGCUGACUCUCCUCAGUAAUAAGUAAAUUCUUGCUUAAUCGUCAAAAAGUAAAUUUUUAUAUGAACGGAUUAAGGAAACGCCCAAAAUUUUUAAUUUUUGACAUUUUAUCUAAAAAUAUCCCUAAUAAACAAAUUCAUAUAAAAUUGCAAAAUUUAUGCAAAAACCUCUAUGAAUAAGCAGGAAUUUUCUUAUUACUGGAUGAGUGAGAAAACGAAGCAAAUCUUAUUGAUCUUGCUGAGUUUUAUAGUGAUUGGCCACCAAGAAGAAUAUGGAAAGAUCCUGCACCCGAAAUAAACGAAAAACUUGAAAAUCUGAAGUCAAAAAUAAAGCGUAUCGUUAGCGGGAAAUUAUAG